AAGAGGAUGUGAAAGUGUCCGCCUUUGACCCCACGUGUCAACAAUUGGACAACUUGUUGUCCCGCCCACUACAUCACCCGUGGCGCCGAUUGGUUCCUUCGUCUGUCAAUCAAAUGAAAUCACAAAGGUGUUGUUCGACCGCUUUUUGACAGGUACGACGAUGUCGCCGACCACGACUACCGACAACGGUCGACCGUCUACUUCGUCCCGUGUGCAGUAUUUAGGGUGACCGUGAUGAAGUGCUGCAACGUUACCGUCGACAGCUAACGUUACACCGGACUGCUGCGGAGGACCGGAGCCGACAGAUGUAGCCUAGCAUCCUGCUAGCUCACCACUGAGAAAGCUGUGGUCGUCCUGCAUGAUGUGUGGCGGUUGUGAGCUGUGCCUGUCCCCCUCUCCUUCAUCUUGGGCCAGUCCUCCCAUUUAACCAAAUCUACCCAGAGUCUCUCGCCCCAACCCGCCAAGAUGACCGACAGGAAGGAGCCGCCCUUCUUUAACGAUGACAGCGUGGGAGCUUUUCACUAUAAGCUCCCUUUCUAUGACACUAUGGAGCUCUUCAUAGAGACCCUCACUGGGACCUGUUUUGAGCUGCGCGUGUUGCCCUUUGAGGCGGUCAUUUCAGUCAAGGCAAAGAUCCAGAGGCUGGAAGGUAUCCCUGUUGCCCAGCAACACCUUAUCUGGAACAACCUGGAGCUGGAUGAUGAACACUGUCUACACGACUACGGUAUUGCAGAGGGCUGCACUUUGAAACUGGUCUUGGCCAUGAGGGGAGGCCCAAUUAACACCAGGAGAGUAACCAUUGAUGAUCCCAUCAAAGAGGUCACUGACCUGAUGGAGAGCACCAAGGAGGAGGGUUGGGAGAGAAGCCUCGCCAACAAGCAGGUCACGUUUGUGGUCUAUCGAGAGAAUGACCAGCUAAACUUCUUCCGAGUGGUCGACAGGGGAGACGGCACCCUGACCCCUCUGUCUGAAUCCAUGAGCGGUGGCUCGGUGUACAAUGUGUGUGCAAAGGAGGAGGAGGAGGAGGAGGAGGAGGAUGAGGAGUGUUCUGCAGCUACACAGCAAAGCCUUGAGAACUCCAUCACCAUGAACAAAGUGAAGCUGCUCAAAGCCAAGAUGGAGGACAUGAACCUCAACAAGAAGCCGAAGAAGUCAGCUAAGGUGAAACCGCGGCCCCCCGUCAGCCCACAUCCCUGCGGUGGCUCUCUAGGACCGACCAGCACGCGAAACCACCAUCGCCUCUUUCGCUCGCUCUCCCAGAUAAACCAGCCUUGGCAGUCAAAUGUACAACUACCUCCAAUCACAGACCAUGAAUCCAUGGACCCCUUCCCGCUCUCUGCUGCCGCAACCUCUGCCCACUUCUCUAUCCCGAGACGACCCCCUCCCGCUUUCCCGUCGCCAUCUUGUUAUAUGCUUCAGGAGGAGGAGCCAUGGGAGACGUGCCCACCAUUUGCAAAGAUCCGGCCCCCUCCCAAAGUGUCCCGGUUAGACAUCGGCAGCACCAGGUUGAUGAGGGACUGUGUGUACCCUCAGCUCCCUCCGCUGUGUAUCAGGGGUCCACUUGAGGCCACCUUUGACCCGGCUGAGCCUCCGGGGGAGGCAGUCAGGCUGAGUUUGUUGGAAGAAGCUGCUGGGCUGAUGAUGCCGGCUCAACCUGGAGCUCCGUUUGGGGAACUGUUGGACCCUCUGACUCUAGACGUGUCCACCCAGCCGGAGGGAGGUCAUCGGUCGUUCGAGGUUGGGGCUCCGCACCAGUUGCCGCUCUGCCCAUCCCCACUCGGUACCUGGAUACCCGGGCCAAGUGAUACACUCACCAGCAGAGGUGAUAGGACGCAGCUCGGCACACCAUUUCAUAUCGGCUCCCCUUCGCCAUCAACUUCUACCAGACCGCUGCCUCUGGCUUUCGAUUCCACUUUCUCCUGUUUACAGCCCAACCUUCAAUCCCAAUCGUCAGCACAGGUGAAGCCAGGCAGCACAUCCCCUCCCCCCUCCACCACCAUGUCCACUCAUCAGCUAAGCAUUCGUGGGGUUAAAGUGGAGUCACCUGGCAAGAGGCCAGAGCUUAUUUCCAAGAGGGAAGCGAGAGGCAUCACUAAGAUGGCCAACCAAGCCUGGAAGGAGCCAGUUGGGUCCCUGAACAACUCUGAACUCUUGGCAUCGCUCUCCGCCAGGGCUCCAGACAGCAUCAACAGCCGGGACGGCCUGGGAGAGAGUCUGGGACUCGCGUUGGCAUUGCCCCCUGCUACUGCCUCAGGACCGGGCAGCCAUGGCUCCACGCUGCCAUCCAUCCAGACCAACAGGCUCCUUCAGGAUGACCUGAUAAGACAAAUGUCACCGCUGCGCCGAGCAGCAGCCUCUUACAUGGCCACCACCCCUCUUGCAUCGGCUGGACUCAUGACACCAUUCGGGAGAAUAGGCACUCCAACAUACCACCUACCUCCAGUCAAGGCUCCCACGGGCAGCAGGAAGAAGAGCUCAAAGCAUUGCUUCCUCUGUGGAAAGAAGACCGGCCUGGCCAGCAGCUAUGAGUGCAGGUGUGGUCACAACUUCUGUUGCACCCACCGCUACGCAGAGACUCACGACUGCACUUACGACUACAAGGGGGCCGGACGGAGAUUCCUGCAGGAGACCAACCCCCUGAUCAGUGCUCCCAAGCUGCCUAAGAUCUAGACCGUCCAGCCCGAGCAGAGACGAGGGAACUUACUCACCACUGUGUGCUUUUAUAUCAGCCAAGUUUGCUUCAAAAUUUAGAUCAGAUAUUCUGUAAAGCCAAGUGUGAACAAACAAGAGGAGACUGAAAUGGCGAAGAACUGAGUAUCACUUCUUGACAAUGUGAAGAUGUUUAUCAUUUUUUUUUUUUUUUUUUUUUUUUUUUUUUUUUUUUUAAAUCUGUUAUAAAGUUAUUUUUUUCCCUUCUAUAAACAUAAAAAGCUGUGCUUGUAUGUAGGUAGUUUUUGCUAAAUAUAUCUGCUGCACGUUCAGACGUAUCUAAUUUUAGUUUUAUCAGCCUUUUAAAAAAAGAUAGGACCGCUGAUGACUUUUCAUUCGACAAGUCUUUGACAGAUGCACUUUAGAACUAUCUUAUUUAUACAUGUGACUUUCUUUAUUGUGUGGGGAACGGAUACUUACGACUCUGUUUGUCUUAUAAAGUGUUUAUGUUGUCGUCACUCAGAUUUUUAUAUUCUUCACCUCUAAAUGUCUUUCUUACUUGGGCACAUACAUACAGACAUCACUAAUGACAUCUUUCUUUAAAAAAAAGAACACUACACUCACUCAUUGAUGAAAUACUCCAUAUUUAUUCAUGAAUAGUACUUAUUUAAAUUCAAGGUUGUUUUUUAGAAUACUAAGUAUGCAAUGUGUGUGAAUGUCUGUAAUCUGUAAUCCUAUCAAGUAAACUGUAUUAGGAUAGGGUGGGGGGGGUUGUGGCAUUUAAGAUGCUUGCCAUCUUUUUUAUGUCUUUCUUUUUAAUGCUCAGCUGUUUUAAUGCUGUUAUAGUAUCUCCAGGAGUUUCAUCUAAUAAAGUUUCUUUCCAUACAUACUGUA